AUGGCCACCGCGGCAUCCAAUCCUUAUCUGGGCAGUAAUAGCAUCCUAUCGUCAGGCUCCAUCGUGCACUCUGACUCGGGAGGCGGUGGCAUGCAGCCGGGCAGUGCUGCUGUUACCUCGGGCUCUGGGGGGUAUAGAGGAGACCCCUCCAUUAAAAUGGUGCAAAGUGACUUUAUGCAAGGAGCAAUGGCAGCGAGCAACGGGGGGCAUAUGCUAAGCCAUGCCCACCAGUGGGUGACCUCCCUGCCGCACGCCGCCGCAGCAGCAGCAGCCGCCGCGGUGGCUGCAGCCGAAGCCGGUUCCCCCUGGUCGUCGAGCCCUGUUGGCAUGACGGCCAGUCCGCAGCAGCAAGACGUAAAAAACUCUGCUCGAGACGACCUGCACACGGGCACCGCGCUGCACCAUCGGCCGCCAGUGCCGCCUCACUUAGCGCCCCACCAGACUCACGCCGGGGCUUGGGGCAGCAGCACUGCGGCGCACAUUAACUCCAUAUCGGGCGGGCAGCAGCAGCAACAGUCGCUCAUCUAUUCCCAGCCGGGGGGGUUCACUGUGAACGGUAUGCUCACCCCCGGGAGUCAGAGCCUGGUUCACCCGGGCUUGGUGAGAGGCGACACCCCCGAUCUUGACCACGGCAGCCACCACCACCACCACCACCAGCAUCAUCCCCACCACCAGCACCACGGCGGCGUCAACAGCCACGACCCGCACUCGGAUGACGACACGCCGACCUCGGACGACCUGGAACAGUUCGCCAAGCAGUUCAAGCAGCGGAGGAUCAAACUGGGCUUCACUCAGGCGGACGUUGGCCUGGCGCUGGGCACCCUCUACGGCAACGUCUUCUCGCAAACGACCAUCUGCAGAUUCGAGGCUCUGCAGCUCAGUUUCAAAAACAUGUGCAAGCUUAAACCGCUGCUGAACAAGUGGCUGGAGGAGGCCGACUCGUCCACAGGCAGCCCCACCAGUAUCGACAAGAUCGCUGCACAGGGGAGGAAGAGGAAGAAGCGCACGUCCAUCGAGGUGAGCGUCAAGGGGGCCCUGGAGAGCCACUUCCUCAAGUGUCCCAAACCCUCGGCCCAGGAAAUCAGCAGCCUGGCGGACAACCUGCAGCUGGAGAAGGAGGUGGUCAGAGUGUGGUUUUGCAAUAGGAGACAGAAGGAAAAGCGGAUGACGCCCCCGGGAGUGGCGCAGACACCGGAGGAUGUGUACUCUCAGGUCGGCAAUGGGCAUUUUUUAGUAGAUUACUUAAAAGAUGCAAGUGAGGCGAGCGACCAGAGGGUGACAACCACAAGUUCAUUCCACCAGGUAAUUUUGGCGCAUUGA